AUGCUGACAGUUUCGGUACAGGGGUUCCACGCACUGAAGCAGCUGCCCUUCAAUGGCAAAAAGACAAAGCCGGCAAAGUUCCGGAAAGACUACUGGUCGCCCAUGGCUUUGAUUCAAUUCCCUGAGGGCCAGGGGGCUGUCGGGCGUUCCGUCUAUCAAAAGCUACGCGAAUUGAAGCACCUGCACGAGGUGUCCUGGACCGACGAGUUUCGAUACAAAUCGCCCCAAGAGUUUACCGCCGCAGACAAGAAGAAAAUUGCACAGGAAAAGGCCGCGGGGAACGAUUACAAGCCUGUGAGAAGCAAAGCCGAAAGAGGUAUUGCGUUGAAUGCGCAAAAGACGAAUUCAAUUGCUGACAUGGCGGCUGUUUUGGCUGGUCAUGGGAACGGAAACGAAAUUGCUGUUGCGAACACGGCUACGGAUGGUCAGCCUGAUCCGAUUCAGGUUUCUAUCAGGUGGGCGAAUGAUCAGGAUAAGGAGUACGCGGAGGCAUGGUCUAAGAACGUCACGCAUGAGCUGUUUGACGAGCCAGCCUACACUUCUGGGAAGGAGGCGGAGUCUACGGCCUAG